GGAAGGCAAGUGGCUGCAGUGUCUACUGCAGACAACCAGCUUUAUGUUUUCUUUAAUAUCUGCAAGGUGGUGAAAUGAACCCACUCACUGUUCCUGGUUCCAUAAGGAGUAACCUGGAGGAACUUGCUACAGUAGUCUUUCCUGUGGACAGUAGGAUGGAUUUUUAACUCUUUGUCUGGGUGUGCAAUGACUUUGAGUUUCUCUGGAUCUUUUAGAAGUUGCUCUGAUGAAGAUGAGAGGCUGAAGCAAACAGAGAAGAUGCUGGCAGCAGGACCAGUUUAUUCAGACGUGAUGGAAAGAGUUCAGGGUCAAAAGUCUGUAACUAUAAAUGUCACCGUUUCCUGUCUUUAGCCAACAUGAGGAAACCGUUUCCUACAAACUCUUUAUCAUCUUCUUGAACAUUCAGAGCUUCUCCCAGUUUGAGAAUCUUCCUUUAAAGUCUCUUUAAAGGAGCUCCAUGUCCGGACUUCAGGGAUACAGGAUGGACAGCAUUAAUGUUUUGGGAAUGAGGACCCUCUUGAGGCUAAUGGGAAUUUUUUGCCUUUUGAUCACAGCUGAGGCUCAGAUGAAGAUCCCACCUGAGACGGUGCAGCAGUGGGCGUUGAGAUUCUCUGCAGAACUUCGAGAGUGUGCAGCCAAAUACUCUGGAUCUCUGCUGCUGCAGAAGAAAUUGAAGGAUGUGGAGCCAAUCAUUAAGAUCGUAGAGGUGGAUGGACAAGACCUGGUGAAGGACUACUCUGAUGAAAUCGAACGAAUGUUGGGAAGUAAGAUGAAGUCGGUGAUGAGGUUAGCAGAAUCUGCAGAAGACUCAGAUUUGUACCAUGAAUUCAAUGCAACAUUAAAGUUUGAUUACUACAAUUCGAUGAUGAUCAACACUGCGGAUGAGGAUGGGAACUAUGUGGAUCUGGGUGGAGAAUUUCCCCUCGAGGAGAAUGAACAUUUUAAUAAACUGCCUGUCAACACUCAGAUGAGCAACAUCCAGGUUCCCACCAAUGUGCACAACAAAGAUCCUAACAUCCUCAAUGCCAUCUACAACACAGAGGCUUUAAACGACAUCUUCAUCGGUAACUUCCAGAAGGAUCCUACACUCACCUGGCAGUACUUUGGCAGCUCCACGGGUUUCUUCAGGAUCUACCCUGGUAUUAAAUGGACUCCAGACUCCAACGGUGUUGUAGCCUUCGACUGCAGGAACAGAAACUGGUACAUCCAGGCUGCCACGUCUCCCAAAGACAUCAUCAUCAUGGUGGACAUUAGCGGCAGUAUGAAGGGACUGAAGAUGACCAUUGCCAAACACACCAUCAACACCAUUCUGGAUACACUGGGAGAGAACGACUUUGUCAACGUCAUUGCUUACACAGACUACGUUCGCUACGUGGAGCCGUGUUUCAGAGGAACUCUGGUCCAGGCCGACUUGGACAACAGAGAGCACUUUAAGGUGUUGGUGGAGGAGCUGCAUGUCAAAGGCGAAGCAAAGAUCAAGAAUGCCAUGAAGGAGUCCUUCAAAAUCCUGAACGAGGCGAGGGCGAACGGUCAGGGCAGCAUGUGUAACCAGGCCAUCAUGCUGAUCACAGACGGCGCCAUGGAGGACUUUCAGUCCGUCUUUGAGGAGUUCAACUGGCCUGAGCGCAGGGUGCGAGUCUUCACCUACCUGAUUGGCAGAGAGAUGACCUUUGCUCAAAACACCAAGUGGAUCGCCUGCAACAACAAAGGUUAUUACACACACAUCGCCACACUGGCAGAUGUGCAGGAGAACGUCAUGGAGUACCUGCACGUGCUCAGUCGGCCAAUGGUCAUCAACCAUGACCACGAUAUCAUCUGGACAGAGGCCUACAUGGACACUGUGCUUCCAAACACAGAGGAGCUUUUCACCACCAAGGCUCAGAGUCUGCUGCUCAUGACCUCAGUGGCCAUGCCGGUCUUCAGCAAGAAGAAGGAGACGCUGUCCCAUGGCAUCCUGCUCGGUGUGGUCGGCUCCGACAUCCCGCUGAUGGAGGUGAUGAAGCUGGCACCCCGAUACAUGCUGGGAGCUCACGGCUACGCCUUCCUCAUCAACAACAACGGCUACAUCCUGUCUCACCCCGACCUUCGACCUCUGUACAAAGACGGAAAGAAACUGAAGCCGAAGCCAAACUAUAACAGUGUGGAUCUGUCAGAGGUGGAGUGGGAGGACACAGACGAGCUGCUGAGGACGGCCAUGGUGAAAGGAGAGACGGGCACUCUCAGCCUGAACAUCAGAGCGUCGGUGGAUAAAGGGAAAAGGCCGCUGUACCUCACCAACGAAUAUUUCUACACCAACAUUGACAACACGCCUUUCAGCUUCGGCAUGGCACUGACCAAAGGUCACGGGAAGCUCAUGUUUAUGGGAAAUGUAUCUGUGGAAGAAGGGCUGCAUGAUCUGACCUCACCAGAUCUCACCAUCGCCUCUGAGUGGACUUACUGUGAGACAGACAUCGACCCUGAUCACCGAAAGUACUCACAGCUGCAGGCCGCCAUCCGCUACCUGCUGGGGAAGGAGCCUGACCUCGAGUGUGACGAGGUGCUGCUGUCGCAGACGCUGUUCGACGCCGUGGUCACAGCUCCGCUUGAGGCCUACUGGAACACCCUGAUGCUGAACGACAGGGUGGAGCCAGGGGUUGAGACGGCUUUCCUCGGUACUCGAUCCGGCCUGAUGAGGGUUGUGAGAUAUGCAGGAGUGGAGACCAGAGUGGCAAAGAAGUUCCUGACUCCAGCUGAUAAAGAUAAUCUGUUCACCAUCGAUCACUUCCCGCUGUGGUACCGCCUGGCUGUAGAAAACACUCCUGGAAAAUUCUACUACUACCCAGUGAAUGACAAAGGAGUGAAGUACAUCAUAGCGACGACAUCGGUGACCGUGUCAACCGAGGGAAAGACGGCCAUGGCUGGAGCUGUCGGGCUGCAGAUGUCCUUGGAUUGGCUGGAAAAGCGGUUCUGGGCCAUCGCCAAGCAGCCCAACGACACAGAUUGUUCAGACAUUGAAGGUGUGUGUCCUCUCAGCUGUGACAGUGCUGAUCUGAGCUGUUACCUGGUCGACAACAACGGCUUUGUCGUGCUGUCCAAAGAGAGGAGAGAGAUUGGUCGCUUCUUUGGCGAGGUAGACGGGUCCAUCAUGGCUUCGUUGCUCAAGAUGGGAAUGUUUAAAAAAGUGUCGUUGUUCGACUACCAGGCAAUGUGCAAGACCGGCCACCAUCACGCCAGCAGCGCGCGACCUCUGCUCAGCCCAUUCUACGUCAUCAUGGCUUUGAUGAGAUGGUUCUUCUCCAACGCGCUGAUGUUCCUGCUGGACUUUAACCUCUGUGGUCUCUGGCACUCUGAUUAUUUUGUGGAUGCCAAAGCUGGCUAUCACACAUCUCAUAAGCAGAAGAAGUUGGACGCGCUGCAACCCUGCGACACAGCUUACCCAGGCUUCAUGUACGACCCGUCUGUCAGAGAGGCCAACAGCCUCAACAAGUGUGGACGCUGCCAGAAGAUGUUUGUGGUGCAGCAGAUUCCUGACAGUAACCUGGUUCUGGUCGUGACUCAGGCCUACUGUGACUGCUCCCGUCAGUAUGGAGCCAUUCUGCUGGAGCCCAAAGAGAUCAAAUAUAACGCCACAGUGAAGUGCAACAGGAUGAGAUCCCAGAAGGUGCGGCGGCGCCCUCAGUCAUGCCACGCCUACCACCCAAAGGAGAACGCUAAGGACUGCGGCGGGGCGGCAGCCAUCUCCCUGUCGCUCUCUCUCUUCUCUGCCUCUCUGCUCAUCUCAUUGGUCGCUGAGUUCUAAACCAAAAUGAACCCACUAAUCAAGAUGAACAUGACAGUGAGGCGGAGACUUAAACAUCCAGCAGGUAGCCAAAGGACUUUUUUUUUUUUUUUUAAACUUGAAUAAGAGACAAACUUGGACGGAGAAACUGUCUCAGCUGCUGAUCGGCCUCACUUUGCAGCACAAAUAAAGGGCUACACAAGGUUUUCUUUAAAACCUGUAAUAGACUAAACGGACUCUGGAUCAGCUUUGCAGUGGCUCUGCAGCUGGAGGACAGUGCAGCCUGUGCGUGGAGACGCGUUGCCAUUACACCCGAACAAGAAUGUAGCACCUUUGUAGCUUUUUGAUACAGAACUGAUGUGUAAACGUAGAGUUUUACAGCCUCGAUUUACCAAAACUCUCAAAUUCGGACCAAAAAAAAAAAAAAAAAAAAAAAAAAAAGCAGAACUUUAAACACUCAAAGACUUUCUCAGCAGCUUUAAGGGUCAAAGGUUAACAGAAGAUGCCGCACGCCAUAUGCAAGGAAACGCUGUGACUCACUGAGGAGCGCGGCACCAGCCUGUUAAAGAUGAAGAUGGAGAGAAAGUGACGUCUCGCUGAUUUUGUUGGCUGAGACAGAAGCGGUGUCGCGGCUUUAGGUGGAAAUGAAGCUACAGCAUUCAGGGAUUAGUUUUUAUAGAUAAAGAUGUACUGGGACUGUUCGGAAUGUCAACACAAUAAAAAAAAACAUUUUUCACUUUA